AACAGUCACAUGAUUGCUUUUGAGGCCAACUGAAAGCUCAUGAGUUCAAAUUUGAAUGCUGUCCAAAAACAAGAAAAGAAGAUGAACAUGCUCUUCACAUAUACCAUUGUCACAAUUCUAACAGUUGCAGAAUCCAAAUCUGUACCAGAUGAUGGGUCAAAGAUGAAGGAAUGGAGAACAAACAUUUCAAAAACUAAAGAGAGGAAGAGAAGGGCUGUGGGAUCUGAGUGGAAAAUGUCUCGCUCUGAAGCAAAGGAAAUGUUUCUGGAGUACUACAAAUGCCUGAAAGAGAAGCUGAACAUGCUCAAGUAUCAAAAACAGAGCAUCACUCCAAUCAUCUCACAUAUUGGGCAGACAGUCAAGUUGAAAUGUCUCAUUUGUGUGAGACCUGAUCAAAUGGACUCCCAGAUGAUCUCCUGGCAGUUCCUAAAGAGAGCGGACGCCACCAUGAGUGUGCUAGACGCUGGCAAGCACCUGCGCAUCACAAAGCACUGGACACUGGUCAUUAAGGAGUUGGACAUGGCUGAUGUGGGUCAGUACUUCUGUGUUGAGGGUGGGGAAUACAUGGCCGUCUACCAGCUGGAUGUUCUCACAGCCGAGACCAGGAAAGUGGUGCUGGAGAAAGACAAAGGAAAUCUACUGCCACCAGUUAAGUUCCUGUACAAGUUGAACCUGAAACUGCUGACCAGCUGGACAGAGUGGAGCCAGUGCAACCACUGUGGAAAGCCUGGACAUAGAAGGAAGAUUGGGCUUUGCAUGGUCAAGAAAAUAUCGACGAAUCAAGCAACAAAGCCUGUUGACUUCCCACUGUUGGCACUAUACAAAGAUGGCGUCCCAUGUCGCUCGACAGCUCUUCCCAAAGCAAUGUCACGUCUACCCAGCAUUGCUAAGAGACACAGUGAAGUCCUGAUGGGUACGUGUGAAGUGCCCUGCCCUACCGAGCCACCUCCCCUCAACAUCACAGAUUCCUCAGGGAAAGUUGUGGAGGUCAUUGAACCAGGGUUCUACUCAAUCAAAACUCGCCCCAAACUGCCUCCUAUGGUUAAAAGAAAAGUCCAGUACCACGAAGCUGGGAUCCACCUGGUGCUCAAAUGUCCCAGUGAUGAAGGGGAUGACGGUUCAAUUGUGAGGUGGCAGCGAAGUAAGCGGCAGAUUGAUCCCCUGAGCAUCAAGAAGCAGACACGAGGCAGGGUGUACGUGGACCAGCAGAACCAGCUGCACAUCAAGAGGCUCUUCAUCUCAGACACAGCGCCGUACAACUGUUGGAUCCUGAAACGACAUGUAGCCACGAUAAAGGUCAUCGUGAUCAAGAAGUUUGAUGCCAACAUCAAGGACUACAUAUCUUAUGGUGGCUUCGUCCUCACUGGUAUUGCUGUUCUACUAGUGUGUCUGUGUGUGUGCUGUCGACGUGGACAGAAGACAGCCAGGUGAACAGACAGUUUACAGACAAGUCAUCAAAUUUCACAGAUGUCUAUCAUAAUGUUUGACUUAUGAAGACAGACAGCUCACACACAAUAGACAUCACCAUGAAAACAGAAAAAGACCUGUGAUCAAACAGUUCACAGACAACGGGCAUCAGUGGAAGAUGAACACAUGGCAACUGAGUCAGGAGAACGACUGCUUUGAAAGGUCAGCAACGACCUUGAGUGUACAGGACCCAUCAGGUGUGAGCAUGAAAUCCAGGACAGGUGCCAGAAGGCUGUCAAUGGUUCUCAACAAACUGGUGAUCAUCAGGAGUGAGCAUGAGCUCGAGGACAGGUACCAGAAGGCCGUCAAUGGUUCUCAAACAAACUGGUGAUCAUCAGGUGUGAGCAUAAGCUCGAGGACAGGUACCAGAAGGCCGUCAAUGGUUCUCAACAAACUGGUGAUCAUCAGGUGUGUACCUGGCACAAGGUGCACCCAGUAUAUGGAAAUAAUCAUCAACCAAAACAGACAAGUGAUAUGAUGCAAUUAAUUGUUCUUUGAAGAGAAAACAAUGUUCUCAGAAAAUAAAGAGACAUGUCAUCAU